CUUCGACUGGUAUUGUGUUCAUAAUUGUUAAUGUCACGUUCACUACACUAAAAGAGCGCAUCAGACUUAAAUUAUCAGUUUAUAAAGCCACGUAAUGGCCGAAAGAAAGAAAUCUCGAAAGAAGGUUGAUGAGGUGGAGCCUGACAAGCCAACCAAAGAAGAAUAUGCAGUUGCAAAGUUCCUCCGCUUCAACUGUCCUGUUCGUGACGGCAAGCUGGUCGGCAUGGAAGUUAAGUGCUUCUUUGCAAGCAAAGCUGUCGACACACUGCUCGAAUCCAAGUGGUCUUCCGCCAAGAUGAAGAAGGAUGCUUUGUUCACAACUCGUGCAUCGUGUGUUACGUACUGCAACAGACUGUUACAGAAAGGGUUGUUCCACAGAGCAGAGAAAGUGGAAAGAAAGAAAGACCGAGAUAAGAGUAAGAAAAAGAAGAAACUGAAGGAAGGAGAGAAGGAAGAGGAGAGUAACAAUGAAGAUGUGAAGGAAAAGAAAACCAAAAAAGAUAAAAAGUCUAAAAAGGAAACAGAUGGAGAGAAAGUUGAAGAAGAGGAAAAGAAGGAUGAUGGAGAGAAGAAAGAAAAGUCCGAAGAGAAGAAGAAGAAAGGGAAGAGGUUGAAGCUCAGUAUGCACGACGAUCAACGCUUUGUUGAUGGUGAAGAGAUUUACGUCUGGAUUUACGACCCCGUGCCUCUGAAGACGUUUCUCAUUGGAUUGCUUAUGGUGUUUGGUGCAAUAGGACUCUGCCUGUUUCCUCUGUGGCCGGAAGAGGUUCGUAUUGGCGUCUACUACAUCAGUUUGGCUGCUGCUGGAUUCGUGGGCUUCAUACUAUCUCUUGUUGUUGUUCGUCUUGUUCUGUUCUGUAUCAUUUGGGUUUUCACACUUGGAAAGCAUCACUUCUGGUUGUUACCGAACCUGACCGAAGAUGUGGGAUUUUUCGAUUCGUUCAAGCCCCUGUACAAACAUGAUUUACGUAAAGACGCACAGAUCUCAACAGAUAAGAAGGACAAAAUCGAGGAUGGUGCUAAAGGGGACAAAGGUUUGAAGGAUGAACAGGAUGGAAAGAGUGGUGAAAAGGAAGAGUUAGAAGGAAGUGCUGGGGCUCAGGAGAAUGGUGAAAAUGGAGUGAAUGGUGAAUUUGAAAUUGUUGAAAAAGACGAUUUGGAAGAAGAAACGGGUGAGGAGGAGGAGGAAGAAAGAAGUGGUAGCGAGGAAGAAACUGAAACCAAAGAAGGAUAAAUAAAGGUUGUUUUGGGUUUGUUUUUGGGGGUUUUUUUAAAAAUAAAUGUUGAUUCCUUCACUGUUAUUUCGUGUAUGUUAGCAAAUUGUACUAAGUAUGAAAAUUUAAAAAACCACAUGGAAUCUCAAUGAUGGUGUAUUAGUUUUAUUGAACGUUACACGUUUUAAACAUUUCUCUCAGAAUUUCUUCCUUCAGUGUUGUUGAAGAAUCUUAACAAAGAUGUUUUAAUUUAUUUUAGACUAUUGAGAAUUCUCGUCCUUUAUGUGAUGUAAUCACUUAGUCAAAGUUAGGGGUUUUGAUAAAUGUAUAGACUAAUUUUUAAGUUUUAAACAAUGCAGGAAUAGAUGAUAAAGUUACUUAAAUUUUGUUGUUGGGUUUUGAAAAUGGGGAAUUAGUGAAAAUGAAUUGAUUCACACGUUUUGGGAUUUUUAAGUCAUGUUUUUGAUCUUUUAAUUCUCAGUUAUCCAUUUGUUCAAUACAGGUUUUGACUGUUAUUCCAACCAUAUACAAAAUAAUUGACUUGAUCAUCUCUCUGGGGCAACAGAAAACAGUGGUUAGACAAUUAGAUCAAUUGACUCCCAAUUUGUUUAUUGUAACAGUAAAAAAAUUCUAAGUAGAGCAGAUUAAAACUUUUGUAUUUUAUUUGAGACAUACAGUCGUAAAUCAUAAUUAUUGUCAAGGUCAGAUACCCUGAAUGGCUAAGUGAUAAAACAAGGGUUAGACAAAUCCACUAAACCCGGCUAGUUUAAUUUUUGGUCUGGGCUAGUGGAAAUUGUCAACUGUAUUACCGUAAUACAUAAGGCACCAGUCAAAACCUCUGUGAGAGCUAGUGACUUUUUCAAAUAUUUGUCGAACACUGAUAAAACCAAAUUUUUCCUCUUUUUUCUUCUUUUUUUGUCAUCAAUAAAUGCAACAUGUUAACCACAUCCAUUGUAGUAGAAUUCAGAAUUUUAGUGCUUCCCAGAAACGGUCAUUUAAGUAUUAUUCAUAAUUGUUUUUUUCUUUUCUUUUCUUUUUUUUAAUGAAAAGCUCACAAUAACUGUUUAUAUUUUAAGAUCUUGGAAGGUGUUUGGAAUUUCUUGUUCCUGGUUAAUUUUCAUCUGCUGCUCUUGAACUAAGAAUUUGUCACCUACAGCAAUUUUGAAAUAUUUUUGCCUGAGCAAUUUUGACUUUGCCAACAGCAGUUUUAAACCUGUCCUUUCACAACAAAUAUAAAGUCCAGAAAUUUUAUCCAUUCAACCAACUGCAAUACUUUUUGACAAAAUUGCUCAAUAAUCAGAUAAAGUUUGUUUAAAACACCAUAUAUCUUUUUAUUUGUAAAUAAUACUAUGUAUGUGCAUCUCCUGAAUUUAAUUUAUUAAGUAUUAUAGAUUAAUCAGUUUAUGACCAAAUAAUGUUCAUGUGUGUCUCCUGAAUGUAAUAUACUAUGUGACAAAAGAAAUGCAGAGUGCACAUUUUAAGAAAUAAAAUAGUUGCUUUAGGAAGUGAUAUCAAAUAGACACAGGAAGAACACUGAUAUCAUGUAAUUUUAAGUUGGCUAUUUCUCGUUCCAGCCAGUGCACCACAACUGGUAUAUAAAUCAAAUGUCGUGGUAUGUGCUAUCCUGUCUGUGGGAUAAUGCAUAUAAAAGAUCCCUUGCUACUAAUGAAAAAAUGUAGUGGGUUUCCUCUCUUAAGUCUAUAUGUCAAAAUUACCAAAUGUUUGACAUCAGUGUGCUCUAGUGGUGUCGUUAAACGAAACCAACUUUAAGUUCAUUGUUAUGAUACAAUUACCAUGUACACUAUUGCAUUCAUAUGAUCGAACCUCGCGGUUUAAGGGGAGAUAUCACUCUCACUCCCUGUCACUCCCCUGAGAUUAGGUCAAGGAGGGUAACUUUACAUGGUAUCGAUAGAGUAAUAUCUUAAAUGGCUCCUCGUGAUCCUAAGUUAAGCCUCACGUUAAGUGAGCAAUUAAUCACUCCCCUCAAUUUUUCUCACAUCUAGGUGUGGUGUUCAUGUAUGCUAUUUGUAUUUACUGGUGUUUUUCUUUUGUUGCUCAGUAUAUAUGCUGAAAUACUGUACACUAAACAAUUCAGUACCAGGUGAUUUGCUUGUACACAUCGAAUACAGUCGAAUCCACUUUAUUGCAUAAAUCGGUUAUUUGCAUAUUAUUUGUAACAAUGUAAAAUUAAAAAAUAUUUGAUCUUACAACAUUUAUAUUGUUAUUUUAUUUGUUAUUAUUUUUAAAUACAUGUAUAAAGAAAUGAAAUGCAUACAUGUAUCGGCAUUCAGACAAUGUUCUGCAGUUAAGAGUAAGAUAGAUUGUCCAUAAGGCAUUUGUAAAGUUUACUGUUGGUUAUAAUCUGGAAAUGGGGCUCUAUCGGAUAAUCAGUUAUACUGGUUAUUAGCAUAAAUUUGACACACACCAGGGCUAUGCAAUUAAGUGGAUUUGACGGUAUAUGUAGUUGCCAGUGUGUGUAACUGUCAUUCUAACAUGUAUUAUGAAAUACAUUUGUUAAUGUGUAAGAUGGAAGGCAAUUGUAUGUAUGAAAGAAAAAAGACAGAUGAUUUUUUUAAUCUGUUAAGAUCAAAGGCAGUUGUAUGUACAGCCACCCAAUCUUUGCAUUAAACACAGAUCCUUAAAACUUACAUCUUGGUAUCAUUUUUAACAGAAACUAAGUGUUAUUGUGACUUUUAUUUGGUGUUACACCCCCCUUCCCCACCCCUGUCCCCAUUGUUUUAUUUAACUUGCAUUUAUUUAAUUUUAUUUACUUUCAAGUUUCAAAGCAGUGGGAUCUAGCUCAGGUGCAUAGGGUAAAAGGAUCAAAUCCCCUUGGUAGACCCAUUCUCUGAUUGUGUUUUUUCCCAUCCCAACCAGUGCUUCACAACUGGUAUAUCAAAGGAGAAUACUCUUGUCAUUUUAUAUCGGGGAAAUAGGGAUAUUUAUAUCUGAUUUCAGUUUUGUUUUAUUGGGCUUUUGUUUUUUCCAUAAAGAUAUUUUCACAAUGUAGAUAGUAUUUUGAUCUAAAUUCUUAAGAAGCACGCUUUGUUCGAGUAUAGUAUUUAGUGGGGUUUUUUAAUUAUAACAAUUUUAUAUUUUUUUAUUUUUAAAUACUAUUAUAUGCAUCACAUUUUUGUAUUUACAGCUCAUAUUGGUAUUUUACCAUUCUACAAAUACAGGGCGAAAUUUACAAAGCCUGUUUUUUUAUCUUACACGCAUUUAACUCCAUACAUUUACAUGUACAAUGCUUAAACACCUGCAUUUAAGAAAAACAGGCUUCGUAAACUUUGGCCCACAAAGUUUAAGGCAAAUUCCUUUCAUCCAUCCACUCCUUUCCCAUUCAAAAGUAUACCUAUGAAAGGUAUUUUACUUGUGUCACUUUUAUUAACACUAAAAGAUUGUAUAUGUACAGUGUAUACAUGGAAUUUAAUAGUAUAUUAAGUGAGGAUUUGGUGCUCUGCUUGGGGAAUUAUAUUUUGUUUACAAACUAAAGCCAUACAUGUAGAUGUUCACUUUAUUAACUAACCUUCAACCUUUUGGGGUUUUUUUUAAUAGUUUUUUGUUUCACACUACAAUUAAUAUUUGAGAUAAAAAGUGAUGUGUUUAAAUAAAGAACAACUGGUUAAUGAUGUAAUAAUACUAAUUAUAAUAAUAAUAAUAACAUACAUUUUAUUGCCAAAGAGACGGGAUACACAUAAUACGGUACAAGAUCUUAAAGCCGAAUUUUAAAGGGACAGACCCUAGUUUCAACCCGUGAAAAUUAACACUAAGUUUUGUUAAUCUACAAACCUGUAACACAUUUGGAUAAAGGUACAAUUGAGUAAAAGAUGAGUCUGUGACUUUAAAAU